ACUUGAAGAAGUAAACUCGAAUACUCGGAGUCAUAACAAUGAGAGACUGCACGGCAUGCCUUAUUUCGUCUCCGACAAGAUCGCGUAGCCACCAUAGAUAGAUAUGCCUCCAAGUGGUUAAGAUACGGAGAAUUGUGAUUCAAGAUACGAUCCAUUAAGUCUAAUGUUGCUUUAGUUCCACCUUUUUUUCCAGUGGGGCCUCUGUCGACACUUAUUGAGUGCUGGCUCACUAAGCUAUGGAGUGUGCUAUCCACCUAUUUGUCGUGGUCGUUUAGUCAGUUGCUUACGAAAGUACUGAAUUGUACAAAAUCUUAUUAUGUUUUACUGGUUUCGGGUAAAAAGUCGAGGUGCAUACACGUUGUGAUACCGUCCAAAGUGAUUUCUGCAAUUACGACAAGUUUUAUCAGAAGAGCGCCGCCAAUGGGCUCUAGUGUUUCGCGAAUUGAUUCAAUUUAUUUGAAUGAGUUGCUCUAAUUAAUUGAACGUUAUCUCGAGUAACUGAUUCGAGUCAGUGCCAUGUCGCGUUUCAUGUGAAUAUAGCCCUCAAACGGCCAAUCUUAGAUGCAAGACGUGCCUCCGUGCCAGUUGCUAGAUGAUAUCACAUUUCUGCAAGUUAAUCAAUUGCUAUUGAAAGUAGUGAGUGCGUCCAGCAGCGACCAGCAAUGUCACAAACAUACCUAAAUAAUGGGUUCGUUUUGGUACUUAAUUGUUGAUUUUAUGUCUCACGCAUGAGUAUGUGUAGAAUAAAAUAUUCGUAUUUACAUUCCAAAUUAUAAUGCCACAGCCGAGUCAGCUUUAUUCGUGCAUUCUAAAAAUCCAAGCCUCAAUGAAAUAUGGAGGUUACUCGGGCGAAAAGUGCUUAAGUGCGGUUUUAUGUGGGUUCCACGCAGAAUCUAAGUGGCAUUUGUGUGCAAAUAUGUGAGAUAAUCUCCUUGAAUUCGAUAAAAAGUUAGUUGAAAGAUAUUUGAGUGGGAAUCUUCUUAGCAUUUUGUUUUAUAAAUUUUCUACUUGACCGUCAACCAUGGGCAAUAAAAUCGGAAAAUCUUCCGGCAAAAAGCUUCAAAAACGGAGAACACAGAGUAUAACCUGGAGUUUCAGGUUUUCAACGUUACGCAAAAAUAAAAUGCAGCAACCUGUGAUCAACAAUAAUUCACCCCACAUAGCGAUAGAACGAUGGUUGGAACAACUUGACCUAAGUCAAUAUCAAGAAAACUUCAAGCAGUACAAUGGGGUUGAGGAACUUUUAAGCUUAUCCGAAGCUGACAUAAAGCAAAUGGGGGUGCGGAAUUCAGCACACAGAGCACGGAUGGUAUCAAACUUGUUAGUGUUGCGGGAGAAAUAUCACCAAGCUAAAAACGGUGUUGGAAACACAAACAGUCUACGACCUCGUCCAAAGCCGUCAUCUCCUCAGUGCCGGCCGCCAUCCGAUCCGGGAACGGGAUAUUCAAGAGAUGCCAAGAGCAGCAGCCCUCAGGAUCGCAGGAGCAUCGGUGCCAAGAGCAGCGUCGCCCUAACAAAGGACCAGGAGGACCCUUCAGUUUAUGAAGCCUUGAACGUUAAAGGGGCUGCUGGUGAUUCGAAACAGAGUAAGAGCUGCGGGGACCUUGUCGACAUGGAUCCAGCACAGGCAGCGGACAUUCAGGAAGCGAUAGCAUUGAAGAAGGCUUUGGAAUGGGAACUGAGCUUGGAUUCGAGAGAUUUGAGAUCGCAUGCUUGGUAUCAUGGCACUAUACCACGACAACGGGCCGAGGAGAUAGUUCAGAAGGAAGGUGAUUUUCUCAUUCGCGAUUGUGCAUCGCAACCGGGAAAUUAUGUUUUGACCUGCCGAACGAAAAGUUCUGUUCUUCACUUCGUCAUAAAUAAGAUUCUUAUACAACCCGAAACAGUCUACGAACGAGUUCAAUAUCAAUUCGAAGAUGAUGCCUACGACACAGUUCCUGACCUUAUCACAUUUUACGUCGGUUCUGGAAAACCAAUUUCAGCAGCUUCCGGGGCUCGAAUACAAUACCCCUGCAAUAGAGCAUAUCCUCUAUCAUACUACGCCACCAAAUAUGGAAUUCCAUACAAUACUCAAUCGCCUUGUGGAAUACGAGGGGCAAGUCCCCUUAAUUCACCUUCCCUUGCAAGUGCGGGUCUGAGAUUCAGUUCGUAUACGCAGCAAACAAAUGGUAAUAAUUUUCGUAGUCCUAUGUCUUCGCCCCCGCGGACAAAACGUGAUACCCCACCUCGUCUGCCAUCGAAGAAACAACGCUCUCAAUCCCUCACUCCUGUGCAAGCCGCCGUUUCGUCUAGCGUGCAGAGCGUGGAAAAAUACUGUAGCGCAGAUGGCAUGAUACAAACGGCUAAUAUAGCUGGUCCUCCAGCUCACUUGAAUGAAGCACGAAGGAUUAUUUCUUCAGGAAAUGAAAGGAGUUGUAGUGCUGAUGGAAUGAUUCAACAACAGAAUGGAAGUGGGAGAGAUAUCAUGGUAAGAUCAAUAGAGGAGAAGUGUACCAGCGCAGAUGGGGUCAUAAGUAAUCAGAAGUCGUGUGCUCAAAUGAUGUCACGGUCGACAGAGGACCCUUCGAGUCAUCUGAAAUUUAGUUCGCACUCACUUCCGCGUCCAAUGUCCGGCAACCUUCGAUUGGCUUCUUCACGUACUUCCAGUUUGAAUAGGGAUACAAGCGAUACGUCGUUGAGUCCUUGCUUAGAACAAAAUCAGUUUGCGGAAGGUGAUAGCAAGGCACCCAGUCCUCCGCCAAAACCAUCGAGAGUGCCAUCAAAACGAGAAUAUGUAAGAGAUUUUCCCGUAGAUCCACUUAACAGGAUUGCAUCAUAUCAUGCAAGUGGAUCCGAUUCUGGAAAUGGGUCCGGUGAUUCCGCGCAAAGUUCUGCAGCUGGUGACGCGCUUGAUUCAAUACCCCACCGAGGAGUGAUCAUCAAGAAUCCACGGUUCAUGACUAACUCUGCUUCCUCAAUGACUUUAAGAAGUUUCAGCGAAUUUGAUGUUGCAGCUGUUGAACAUAUUCUUGCUACUGCGGACAUUCCUUCUAUUGAAAUGACUUCUAGAUUUGACUUAGAGAACUUCCAAACGUUACUACUUCCUACUGUUGAAAAUAAACCCCUGGACAAUGGUGCUCUUAAUACACUAAGGAUGAUGCUUGCAGAGACCGGACCACGGAUAAUUGCACAGCAUCUCACCAGAGUUGACUUAUAUUUAUUCCUAGGCGAUCUGGAUAAUUCAGCGAAAACUCCAAGUGAAAAGCCAGCAGAAACUAGCCCACUGGAUUGCACAGGGCUGGAAUUACUUACCUUAUCACACGGUGAAACAUUCCGACAUGAUUUAAUAGAGCGCACACAAUGCCUUAAGUUUAUAGUCGCGGUGACAAUUCUAAUAUGCCAAAGUGAUUUGGAGAGGGCGGAGACUCUGAAUAAAUGGAUUCAGGUAGCUGUUGAUACGAAAACUGCCUUGGGAAAUUUGUUCGGUUUUUGUGCUAUAAUGCUUGGAAUCUGUAUGCCACAAAUACAGCAGCUUGAACGCACCUGGCACAUUCUCCGACAAAAAUUCACGGAUAGCGCGUUCACAUUCGAAGCGAAAUUACGUCCCACUUUGAAAUCCAUGAAUGAUUGUUCCAACCCUCAGGCUCCUAAUACAACAGUUCCUCAUGUUCUUCCAUACAUUCUGCUUAAGGAUCGAGGAAUCGAAGAUGUCCUGAUGAACACUAACUUCAGCCAGUCAUCGUCGUUGAUGUCUUCCUGCAUAAAUUCGUGGGAACACAAUGCUGACGACUUCGGGAUAUCAAUCUUGUUUGCUCAUUUGGAUGCCGCCAGAUCAUUUACCAAAAACUUGCCACUUUACAAAAGAAAUGCGCAGAUGGUGAUUGACGAUUCUAAUGCAAGAUUUGACGAGCUACUCCUGGAAGCUUUCAAAACUGAAUUUCAUAUGAAGUUCUUAUGGGGGAGUAAAGGAGCUUUGUCGCCAGAUAUUGAACGUCACAAAAAGAUGGAGGAUCUACUGACCCUCAUGGCAAAGAAGUUCGGUUCUGGUGAUCAUAUUACUUGUGCGACGUGAAUUUCAAUAGCUUAAGAUCGUAAACGAAAUCGAAACAUCAAACUAGUCAAAAAAGUUAGUCCGUAAGAUAGAUUUAACAUAGGUUCCGUUCUAAUUCAAUUGAUUUUAUUUAUAUCUAAUUAUUAUUGUGUUUCUUGGAAUGUUUUCAAAUACAAAUUUUAUUCUUUGAGUUGA